UUGGCUGGAGCCCCGUUCUACUUUCAAUUGUCAUUGCAGAAUUCAAUGUAUAAAUGGGUUCUCCUACCUGGUGCAAAUCAACACAAUUUUAAGUUUUGACUACCAGCAUUCAUUCCACUCAUUAAUCCUGCAAUAUUAAUCCGAUGGAUUCUAAUGCAUCAGGCUUCAUUCUAAACCCUCCAGCUCUUCACUCUACUUACUAUCAGCCUAGGGAAGAUGAUGGUAUUAUUGAUCUGGGUCUCAGUCUCAGAACUUUGCAGCCUGAGGCUUAUCAUCCAUCUGGACAUCGUAUGCCCCUUGCAGAGGGAGUUCAGAGCAAAGACAGGUGGGCUUAUGUGAAGGUAAACAUGGAUGGGGUGAUUGUUGGCAGGAAAAUAUGCAUACUAGAUCAUGGUGGUUACUCAAGCCUCGCACUUCAGCUCGAACACAUGUUUGGAAGACAAUCUGCAUCUGGGUUAAUGCUGUUCCAAGCAGGUUCUGAAUUCUGCCUGUUCUAUAAGGACAGAGAGGAGAAUUGGAGAACCGUUGGUGAUGUUCCUUGGAAGGAGUUUGUAGAAAGCGUCAAGCGGCUGAGGAUUGCACGAAAAAGCGAACCUCUUCUUCCAUAUUCACCGGCCUUCUCCUGAAUUGUUCUUCUGCCAUCACACCUCUUUAGGCAUUUCUUUGAAUUGCCAUGUCUAUUGUGUAUGAGGCAAAAAUGAGUAGUUAACUUUUAAGCUCCCAAGAAGAAUGAAAGAUGACAUUUGUAUCAGAUAGUAGCCAGCACAUAUUUCAUGUUUCGAGUGGAUAAUUUUUUUAAUUACUAGCAUAUGCUCUAUAGCAUCGUAUGCUUAUGUCACUGAGCGUAAGCAUAUGAUGCUGUUUUAAAGAGGUUGCAAAGCAUUCUCUAUGGCUUGGAUGUAGAACCUUAGGAUCACUUGUCUAAAUGUUUGAAGGUUGUGUUGUCUCA